CAGCCAAAACCAGCGCAUUUGAAUUUGAAGAUGGCCUCUGUACUACUGGAUCCGGUCUGGAGUAUAUGGAUGCGAUCAUCGCCCGACCACACCCAAUGGGGUCAUCGGAAAAUGGAAUCUACUUCUUGACCUCCAAAAAUCGAUUAUCUUCCGUCGAAAAUGUGGGGAUGAUUUUCAAUGUAAUUCUGAAUGAAGAGUUGGACUUUCACUACGGAUACCACGUAUUCUAUAACCGCUUCCCCGGGUUCAUUCGGCCACUCGAUUCCGAGUUUGUUUUUACCAUCCCAUCUCCAGUCCAGACUUUCAACGGGCGUUAUGGGAUAGAUUUUGUGAAUGGUCCACACUAUAUUUAUCAAUUACCAAUGGUUACCUUAAAGGAUUUCAGUAUCUUUACUUGGUACAACUCGGGUCCGAAUUCACCGGACAAUGAUUGCAUCAUGAGAUUGGUCUCAACCAAUACAUCCAAGCAAAUUGCUUCAAUUCCCAACUUGGUCAGUAUCAUAGAGCUGUUUGUGGCUGAGAAUGGCGUUUACGAAUCCAGUCCAGGACCUGUGGCGGCGGUCGAGUUUUUUGACCGGCACAAAGAUGUUUUGUUCCCUUUUCGGGCGUCUUCAUCCUUGCCUAAUGCCAUUCCAACCAACCGGUGGGUUUACAUUGGUGUGAUAGUGGACCAAACGAAUCAACAGAUCAGUUUUUACAUCAAUGGAACAUUGUUCAACAGUCAAGCGUUGGUACACAAUCCAGGUCUGCCGUUGAUCUUGGAUUAUGGUGGGAUCAACAUGCUGGAAAUCGGACGGAACGCGUACAACAUACCCUUCGAUUCUCAUCUAGGGUCGUUGUCGAUCUUCAAUCACGCUUUAAACUCUGUGGAAGUCUCCCAAGAAUUCGUCAGGAGUUUCUUGGAUGGCUGA